GGAACACAAUCGGACCGGAAGAGACAACUGCAAAAAGAGAUGUAUGGUGGGAGCGCUUCGUUCGACGGCAACGCGGCCUUCGCCGGAGGCGGUUUCAUGCCUUCUCAGGCGACUCAAACUGCUACCGAUCCUUCCUAUUCUUCAUCUAAGAGUCGCGAUUCCCAAUCGUUGCUUCCGUUGACAGUGAAGCAGAUAAUAGAUGCUGUAAAUUCCAGCGACGAUAAGAUAAACUUUCUAGUUAAUGGUGUUGACGUGAAUAAUGUGAAACUAGUGGGGAUUGUGUUCAACAUGGCUGAUAGGGCCACUGAUUUUUCAUUUGUGCUUGAUGAUGGAACAGGGCGCAUUGACUGCUAUCGAUGGCUGAAUGAACCCUUUGACAAAACGGAAAUGGCAGCUAUCUCAAAUGGUAUGUAUGUUAAAGUCCAUGGACACUUGAAGGGUUUCCAGGGCAAGAAACAGUUGAUGACUUACUCUGUCAGGCCUGUUGAUGAUUAUAAUGAGAUUGCGCAUCACUUUGCUGAAGCUAUUUAUGCUUAUUGCCACAACACCAAGUUACGGAAACUUCCAGACAGUGCUAAUACUGCCACCCAUGUGCCUAAUUCAGCUAUGAACACACCUAUGAAGGGGUACCAAGUUUCCCAACCAAAUUUUUCUGCGUAUAAUGUGGAUGGAAUUACGGGCAUAGAAAAGAUGAUCAUAAGCUAUUUGCAUCAGCCCCAAUGCCUUGUUCAGGAAAAAGGGGUUCACCGCAAUGAGCUUGUUCAACAACUAAACAUUCCUCUUGAGAAGCUCUUAAAAGCGAUGGAAUCAUUGGAGUCAGAAGGGCUUGUUUACUCCACAAUAGAUGAGUGUCACUACAAGUCCACCGGUAAUGGGUGAUAACAUUGCAUAUGUAUGGUUGUCAUAUAUUUUAAAUUUGGUCACUUCACCAGAACCAUUGGGUUCUUACUAGUAUAGGCUUUUCUUCCUAGAAAAAACUUGUUGCCCACUCGAAUUUUAAUAGGUUGGGAGAAUUUAACUAUAUUAUGCUC